AUGGACAACGUCUCCUCCUUCUCCUUGUUCUCUCUCACAUUUCUGAAUGACACCAGCAGGUCCAGCAGGAUCACUAUAUUCUCUUUUGCCCUCCCAGGAUAUUUUCUGACCAUUUUUGUCAACGCUGUCUUGAUUUUCAUUAUUGUUCUGGAGAAAGUCCUCCACCAGCCUAUGUACAUUUUUGUGUGCAAUUUAUGUAUAAAUGGAUUAUGCGGAGCCACAGGAUUUUAUCCACCCCUACUGUAUUAUUUACUUAAUGAAACCAAUGUAAUCUCUCUGGAAGAAUGUGCUAUACAAAGUUUUGCCAUUUUCACCUAUGCAAUAGGGGAGUUUACUAAUCUGAGCGUAAUGGCAUUCGAUAGGUACUUGGCAAUCUGCAGACCGCUAUACUACCAUACUGUCAUGACAACUAUCACUGUUUGGAAGCUGCUGACUUUCAUAUGGAUGUUUCCCUGCUGCACUGCAAUACUGAUCAUACUGAUGACGCUCAGGUUUCCGAUUUGCAUGAAUCAGAUAAAUAAACUGUACUGUGAAACCUGGGUCUUAGAGAGACUUACCUGCAGGGUGGACACUGCUCAGUUUGUGAUCAAUGGAAUAUUAACGUUUGCUGUUAAUGCUCUGGUAUGGGUUGUGUUUUUGUCAUAUGUUAAAAUAGUGAUCGCUUGUAAGCACUCUGUCCAAAACCACAAGAAGUUCAUAACCACAUGUCUGCCACAUUUGGUAGCUUUUUUGAAUUAUGUGGUGUGGUCACUUUUUAAUGCCCUAUAUGAGCUGUUUGGAACUAGCAGUCUGCCUCCGGGUUUUAAAAACUUGUUGUCAGUUUCCUUUGUGAUUGUUCCACCUCUGGUUAAUCCUAUAAUAUAUGGAAUUGUAUUAACUCCUAUUAGGACCAAAGCAAAGUGUAUAUUCCAAAAACUGAGCAUUGAUUCAUAA